ACAACAGGAUAACAAACAGAAGGCUAACCCGGCUGACAGCAAGUAAUCUUUCAGCGGGUAAAGGGAAUCGCCGCAUUGCCACCGGUUUGUUUGUGUUAUGAGAAGAGGACACAGGCUGUCUGAGGACUGUGAUUGAGAUCCACCAUGGCUGCAGCCCCUCCACUCACACGGUCAGAUUCAGCUCGGGGAGACUUUUCCCCUCUGAAGCACUUUGUUGUGGCUAAGAAGAAGAUAAGUGAUGUGUUUGAGCAACUACUGAAUUAUGUGAAAGAGACUUCUGAGUUUGUAGAAGAAACCUGUGAGAAUAAAGCUUUGGAGAAAAUUGCAAGUCAGGAUCAAAAGUUGGAGAUUCAGUCGUAUGCUGACAAGCUGGCUGUCAUUAAGGAGGUGCUGGCACGCAGACACAUGAAAGUCGCCUUCUUUGGCAGGACCAGUAAUGGUAAAAGCACAGUGGUCAACGCCAUGCUGAGGGACCGUGUGCUGCCCAGCGGUAUCGGCCACACCACCAACUGCUUCCUGAGUGUCGAGGGCACCGAUGAAGACAAGGCCUACCUCAAGACUGAGGGCUCUGAGGAGGAGAAGAGCAUCAAGACUGUAAACCAGCUGGCUCAUGCACUCCACAUGGAUGAGAGUCUCGAUGCCGGCUGUCUCGUCCGUGUGUUUUGGCCAAAGACCAAGUGUGCUCUGCUCCGAGAUGACCUGGUGCUUGUAGACAGCCCGGGGACAGAUGUCACAUCACAGCUGGACAGCUGGAUUGACAAGUUUUGCCUGGAUGCUGAUGUCUUUGUGCUGGUGGCCAACUCUGAAUCCACACUCAUGAACACGGAAAAGCACUUUUUUCACAAAGUGAACGAACGUUUGUCAAAGCCCAACAUUUUCAUCUUAAACAACCGCUGGGACGCCUCAGCGAACGAACCAGAAUACAUGGAGGAUGUGAGGAAGCAGCACACAGACCGUUGUGUGAACUUCCUGGUUGAUGAGCUGAAGGUUGUGGACCGUGACCAGGCACCCAAUCGCAUCUUCUUCGUGUCCGCCAAAGAGGUGCUCAAUUCCCGCAUGCAGCGCGCGCAGGGCAUGCCCGAAACAGGUGGAGCCCUGGCUGAGGGCUUCCAGGAGAGACUGAAGGAGUUUCAGAGCUUUGAGAGGAGGUUUGAGGAGUGUAUCUCGCAGUCAGCAGUGAAAACAAAGUUUGAGCAGCACACUAUCAGGGCCAAGCAGAUCACAGAAAAAGUCAAGAGCAUCAUGGACGCCAUCAACAUCGAGGCGGCAGAGAAGAGAGUGGCUGCACUGGAGGACAGAGAGUAUCAGAUGGACCGGCUGGAGUUUGUCAAGAAUCAGCUCAACUUGCUGAUUGAUGACAUCAAGAAGAAGAUCAAGGCCAUCAGUGAGAAUGUGGAGUCUAAGGUGUCCAACGCCAUGGGAGAGGAGAUCGGCCGUCUCCAUGUGAUUGUCGAUGAGUUCCACGCAGACUUCCAUCCUUCACCUCAUGUUCUCAAAAUCUACAAGUCUGAGCUGCUGUCUCAUGUGGAGGAAGGGAUGGGCAAGAAUCUGGCCUUCCGCUGCUCUGACGCCGUCAACGUCUCUGUCCAGUCCUCUCAGAAAUACAUGAUGGAGAGCAUGCUCCCUCUACUUCCCGCCGGGGUCCAGGGCCAAAUGCACAUGCUGGUGCCCAGCAGGAAGUUCGACCUGAGUUACGACCUGAACUGUGCCACACUUUGCAGUGACUUUCAGGAGAACAUUGAGUUUCAAUUUUCAUUGGGCUGGACAUCGUUAGUCCACCGCUUCCUGGGAUCUGUCAACGCAGAGAGAGCACUCAAACUGGUGGACCAGAACUUCCAGGCCUCUCGACCAGCGUUGCCCCUGGCCGUCACGCCCUCCUCAGGGCCCCCCUCAACUGUAGCCCCACCCAACCAUGAGACAGCCCUCAUGACCCAGGAAGACCUGAUGGUAGCCAUGGCAAACAACGUUGCAUCCCUCACCUCCCGCACAUCAAUGAGUGCUAUUAUUGUUGGAGGAGUGGUGUGGAGAGCCGUUGGCUGGAGACUAAUCGCCCUGUCUACCUCACUCUAUGGCUUACUGUACUUGUAUGAGAGACUCACUUGGACCACAAAGGCAAAGGAGCGCACUCUGAAGCGCCAGUUUGUGGACUACGCAACCGAGAAGCUGCAGCUCAUCAUCAGCUUUACUAGCGCUAACUGUAGCCACCAGGUCCAACAGGAGAUGGCGGCGACCUUUGCUCGGCUCUGUCAGCAGGUGGACCAGACGCAGAAAGAGCUGGAGGCAGAAAUCCGCCAACUGACAGCCAAGAUAGAUCAGCUGGAGACCGUCCAGAGCCGCUCCAAGAGCCUGCGACAUAAAGCCACAGAGCUGGAGAGACAGCUGGAGGUAUUCACAAACCAGUAUCUGCAGCCUCAGCAGUGAAGCUGCUCCUCUUCAUCACUCAUAAAGCCAUAGAGCUGGAUAGACAGCUGGAGGUGUUCACAAGUCAGUACCUGCAGCCUCAGCAGUGAAGCUGCUCCUCUUCAUCACUCCACAGUUUGGUUCAUGUUGAGCCCAUCAUUCCUCAGCCGGGCGCCACCUCAUCGGGCCAAGUUUUCCUCCUCACCUGAACGACACAACGGUUUCUGUGCGGGCGGUAGUGUUGAAAAGAGUCUAUCAACAGAGAAGAAAUCAAACAGCCGAUUUGAUAAUCAGUGAAAUGUUAGUCAUCCAUUUGGCAAGAAUACCAAAACUCUGCCGCUGAAGUAAAGAUUCAGUCACUUUCUAUUUCAUUUGUGGGUUUUUUUGUUUUUGUUUUUCUUACGGUCAUGACACAUUAUCAGUUUCACCAUUUCUCUUUCAUUUAUGGGCCUUUGUCAUUAUUUUUUGACAUUUUGUAGAUGAAUCAAUCAAUAAAAAAAAAGAUAAUUGUUAGUUUCAGUCAUGGUGGACGGAGAAGAGUGAAGGCCCAGACACGACAGUAUUUCCCCUCCUCCUCCUCUCCACUGCAGCCAGACAGGCGCUUCACAAGCUGCAGUGAACAAACUGUAGAACAAAACUGCCUGCAACACAAACAGACUUGGACCUAUGGUGUGCAAAGACACUCCACAAGGAGGCAGUAUAAUGAAGGCUACCGGUCGGGUGCUAUAUUUUGACACUAACGUGCUUCUCACUGUGAAUAUGCCUUUUUUGACUAACUUUUGUGGAGCAAAUGGAGUUUGUGUGUCUUUGAGAUUCUAUAUGUAAAUGUUCAGGCACAUGAUCUACUGUAUGUUAGCAUCAAAAAAUAAAUAUGUUUAAUAAUGAAAGAGAACAGAUUUGUUUUGUGAAUUAUAAGACUCUAGUUCAAAUUCACUGAGGGAAAAAAAUAACUAGGAAGGGAAAGCAUGUCUUUAAAAUACUGUAGGUUCAUGUUCUAUUUUUUAGCAAUCCAAACUGUAUAGAUUAAAGGCUUUGGAAAAUCUCCUAUAUUUUAUAAUAUCCUGUUAUUUAUACCCAUUAGACCUACAGUAUAAUGAUGAUUACACCAAUCUGCACUUUGUAAAACCUUUUUUUUCUUUCUUGAACGUGUUGAAAUACCUCUGGAUUUGCUAGACUGUAUUAAAUCUGCCACAAUCUAAAACAGAC